AUGAGCAAAAUCGAAUUGUGGAAUUUGAAUCUCUAUAUGCAAAGCAUAUGUUAAUAAAAUUUGUAUUACAACUAUCCACUUCCUUUCUUAUGAUUAAUUGUAGUAAUGCAUUAUUAUUGUAAAGGUUACCAAUCCAAGCAUUAUUACACUCUUAUAAGUGAACGAAUUUACGAUCGAUUAUAUUAGUUAGCCCAUUAGCAGUAAAGAAUUAAUAAAUAAGGCGUGUGA